AUGGGCUUUGCCGAUACCUUGGAUGAACGUGGCGGCUUCGGACGUUUCCAGUUCAUUCACGUGGCGCUGUUAUCGAUACCGGGUCUUCUCAUGGCCAGCCAGAACCUCCUGAACAACUUCACGGCCGGGAUGCCCGGACAUCGCUGCUCCGUACCUAACCGCACCUCCCUGGCGCUCAGUCACAACGUGUCGCUGUCGGAGCUGAGCGACGCCCGGAUCCUCCAGGCCUUUAUCCCCACGGCGGACGGGUCGCGGCUGUCCAAGUGCCGCAGGUACACGGAGGCGCAGUGGCACCUCGUAGAGACCGACGUGAGCAACGUCACAGAAGCGGACACCGAGACGUGUCCGGACGGGUGGACGUACGAAAAGACGGAAUUUCUAAACGCUGUAGUCACCGAGCGGGACCUAGCGUGUGCCCUCGGACCCCUCCGACGGAUGAGUCGGACCAUCUACAUGGGAGACGUCGUCUUUGGGGGGCUCUCAGACAGGUUUGGUCGAAGAGCGCUGCUCGUGUGGUCCCGCUUCCAGCCGGCCGCCCUGGGCACCUGCACAGCCCUCUCCCCGAGCUACCUGGCCUACUGCAUCUUCCUCUUCGUGACGGGCAUGUCUGUGUCGGGGGUCAUUCUGAACGCCUUCUCCCUCAGCGUGGAGCGGAGCCCCGCGAACACACGCACAGUGGUGGCUGUGGCCAGUUCCUUCUUCAUCUCCGCCGGCGACGUGCUCCUGGUGGGUAUCGCUUACUGCGUGCCACGCUGGCUUGGCCAACUCCAAGUGGCAUUUUCGGCACCGCACUUCAUCUUCUUCAUCUACAGCUGGUGGUGUCCGGAGUCUCCUCGUUGGCUUGUAGUUAAUGGCAGGCCAGAAAAAGCCCUCAAAGGAAUCCAUCAAGUAGAGAUGGUGGAAAAGCUCACGCUACAGGUCUUGGAGGCACACAUGGAGAAAGAGGUCAAGUCCAAAAGAACCAUCCACACAGCUUAUGAUUCGUUCCGCUCUCCAGGGAUGAGAAAAAUAUCUAUCUGCCUGAUGUUCGCCUGGUUCUCCACUAGCUUCGCCCGCUACGGCCCGGCCACGGACUUGCAGAAGUUCGGUGCGGACAUUUACCUGGUUCAGCUGAUUUUUGGGGCUGUGGACCUUCCAGCGACUCUGGGGACCUUUGCAACGUUAAACUUUUUAGGUCGGCGAGUCAGUCCGAGUGCUUCUCUCAUGUUGUCAGCUGCUGUCAUCCUCACCAACACCUUUGUCUCCACAGAGCUGCAAACGGAACGAACCGCCCCAGCUGUGCCGGGGAAGGGAUUCACUUCCGCUUCCUUCACCUGCGUCUACCUGUACACCGGAGAGCUGUACCCCACCGUGAUCAGGCGGACAGGAAUGGGUUUCUCCUCCACCGUGGCUCGCGUUGGUUCCGUGGCAGCACCAGCGGUGCUGAUUCUGGAAGACGUCCUGCCUGCCCUGCCGAGCAUCAUCUACGGGGGCUCGGCGGUGUUGGCGCGGACGGACGACACCGGGCGCGGAACCAAGUUCGGCAAAGCCUCGCUCUUCGGCUUUUCCAGUGCUUUCUUGCAACUUGCAGAGCCACUGCUGGCCGAUAUAUUACCGUGA